AUGCCGAGCAUUGGAAGUCAGCUCAAUUCCAACUCAAAGAAUAUCAUUGCAUACUUUGUCACAUUGGAUCCCAUGGCAUACUCUUGGGAUCAGAUCAAUGCUGUGUUCUUGCUCUUGGGUCACAUGGUGUCCAAGGAGAUUGGAGAGCGUCAGCUGCACCUGGUCAUCCAAUUCAUUCGUACAUGUCGCGAGAUUGCCCUCCAGUUCAAGUUCAUCGAGCAUAUCAAGAAGCAACUCCUCACCGUCCUCACACGCCCACUCUACGCCAUCGCUGAGCAGCCAAAGAACAUCUUUGUGCUCAUUGGAUACUUGAUGGUACUCACUCCCGAUGACGUCAAGACUUUCGGAGAUACAUUCAGCUGGACCAAGAUAUGGGAGGUGUUGUUGGAGUCAUCCAUUCGUAGAUCUUGCUUCACAUUCUUCAAGGAGAGAGUGCAGCCAGAGAUUGAUGGUUAUGUCUCUGAUAUCCUAUUUGGCAAGCAUGUUCCAUCUCAGAGUGGAUCAAAACCGAUUGUUUCAAUGUUGGAGAUUGGUGAUGAGUCAACUUCAACCCCUACCCCAGCUCCAACUCCAACUCCAACUCCAACUCAAUCAGUUGUCGAGGUCCAAGAGUCAACAGAGCAAACUGUAGAUAGAGACCAAGUGGUUGCCAAGGUGUUUGAUACCAUCUCUAAUUACAAGUCCUACCCUGUUGAAUGGUCAGCAGACACUGAUCACAUUGUACAGUACUUUGACGUUCAGAAGUUGAGCCCUGAGUCAUUCAAGGAUAACUUCCAUGAUUUUGCUCUAUUCAACAUGGAGUCUUUGAUCAAGAUGUCCAAUCUGAUGGAGAACAGAGGCUAUCCAACAGUGAGCUCAUUGCAGCAUUGUUUGCAGUUUGUAUUCCACUGGAGAAGUAUCCUUGAUGGACCAUCCCAGCAGCAGACCUCGAACGAGGAGGCAUCCUACGAUGCAUUCAAGUACUUGGACUCAUGCUUUGGUGUUGCACCAGAUGAUUGGAUUGAGACCAUUAAGAAUGGCGCCAGACAUCAGAGUGACUCUGCGCCAACCAUCAGCAUUGGCAACUACAUGGCCACUGUACAGUCAUACUACCAACCCAACAACAAGGACUCUUUGGAACUCACCAUCCAGAAGAUUCGUGCCAUGAUCUGUCAGGGUGUAAUGUACCGCACCAACAAGGUGGCCAACGCUGCCGCCGAUGCAGGACUGUUCACCGACACCUCUGCCGACCCAGUGCGCUGUCUUGACGAGAUUCACCGCCAGGUCAAGGAGCGCUACCAGGUCGUGAUGAGGAAGAUGGAGACUGACCUGUACUUCUCUGCGCGAAUCUCAAGCGGACUCAAGUCCACCGACUUGUCGUCGUUCUCUGUGUCCAUCCCACAUUCGGGCAGUCCAUACUUUAGGGAUGUCGUCAGUCAGUGGUGCAAGAAGAACUUGGAGACAGAGGUGCCAUUCGCUCAAGAGAAGUUGAUCAUCGUGUUGUCCUCGGUCCGUUUGACUGUGGAUGACAAUGGUAACCCAACUGUUUACCUCUGCAACAAUGCACUGGCCAAGCAAGUGCCAUGGAGAUAUGGAAGGAAGGCCACCAGUCGAUUCAUUCGUGCAUGGGGACGUGACAAGUUCCUCGACAUUGCCAGCAGAGCACAAUUCAAUGUCUACUUGUAUUACAAGCAUACCAUGGAGGAAGAAAUUCUAUAA